AGUCACAAACUUGGACAACGUUUUCGGUUUCGUCAUCGUAGUCAUCAACGUCGUUUGUUGUCUCGUCGCUUUUUCGUCGCGCUGGGCGUUGUGCGUUGCGCGUUGUGCGUUUUGCUUUCAGUUCUCAUUUGCAGGCGCUUAAGCGGAUUAACUGUAAAGCAUUCUACAAGCUCUAUUCAACCCAACACAUAACACACACAGCCCGCUUGCUUGAUAUUUAGUUUUCAAUUGACUGUAAAGCUGGAAGCAAGCAACCUGCGCACCGGAACUGACACACAUCCUUACAAAAAUGUCUGAGUGAAUCGGCACCAGUCCUACAUUAAUAUAAAUGGCAACAAAAAUGGAUAAACGCUCAAAGCAGAUAGCAACCGAAUUUUUAAGCAGUUGAUAAAUGAAAGCCAACAACUUCAUUUAAAAUUUAAUUAAUUUUAACAAUUAAUUAAUGUAAUUUUUCUGAAACAACAGUCAAUAGUAAAGGCAAAACAAAAAAAGAGGAAAGAGAGCAAAGCAAACAAAAAUUCAGCGAAAUUCCGAAACCAAACAAACAAUUUAACAAAAAACUUCCAAACACUUCCAAAGCACAUGCGGAUAAAGCAGCGGCAAACAAGUAAAUGAAACAACAUUUAUUACAAGGAAAUAAAAUAAGUAUCGCUAAAACGGCAAAGCGCACAUGCAAGAGAAAACUGCUUCCUAAAAAAUUUAAAUAUAAGUAAGGCCACCAGCCAGGCGACAAAAACAAUAAAUAUAAUAGCAUUACGGCAGCAAAAAAAAAAGUCAAACUCUACGAACAUGUCACACGCCGUCGUCAAAAUAACAGAAACGGACAAUACCAGCCUCAAAAAGUCUCAGCAGCAAGCACAGUCUCCACAGUCCCAAAACAGUAGCGAUUCCAAGACGACGGCCCUGCUAAACGGCGGCCUAACAGCGUCUGCAACGCAUCUAUUUAAUGGCUUGAGUACGGCGGCGGUGGCGAACGCGCAUGCCGCAGCAGCCACCUCCUAUAGCAGUGGUGCAAGUGGUGGCGGGGGUUCUGGUGUCAACUCGACGCUAUCCGGCGGCCCAGCAUCCGGCAUCAAUGUAGCGCUCGCAGCCUCAGCGGCCACGGCACUGCCCAGCAAUGGAUUGCAAUCACCCUAUGAACACUAUAGAGCGGACGAUUCCAACUAUACGCCCAUUGGACAGUUCUAUGCGGGACGCAGUGUGUUCAUCACCGGUGGCACUGGGUUCAUGGGCAAGGUGCUGGUUGAGAAACUGUUGCGGUCGUGCCCAGAUAUAAGAAACAUAUAUUUGCUUAUACGACCGAAACGUGGACAAGAGGUCUCAGCGCGUCUCACGGAAUUAUUAAAUGCACCGCUUUUUGAAUCACUGCGUCGAGAAAAACCGAAAGAGCUAAGUAAAGUCAUACCUAUAUCCGGCGAUAUAACAUCGGAGGAGUUGGGAAUUUCAGAGAGCGACCAGGCACUACUUUGUCGGACCGUUUCCAUUGUAUUUCAUUCAGCUGCCACUGUGAAAUUCGAUGAGAAACUCAAACUCUCAGUCACAAUCAACAUGCUGGGCACGAAACGAUUAGUUGAGCUGUGUCAUCGCAUGAUGUCCCUAGAUGCACUUAUACACGUCUCCACUGCCUAUUGCAAUUGCGAUAGAACCGAUGUCUCUGAGGUUAUCUAUGCACCACCUUAUAAUCCUGAUGAUAUAAUUUCAUUAAUCAAUUGGCUUCCGGAGGAUAUACUCGAUCAGUUGACACCCCGACUUAUUGGCAAACGCCCCAAUACGUACACAUUUACAAAAGCCUUAGCGGAGCACAUGUUACUUAAAGAGGCUGGUAACCUGCCUGUUGCCAUUGUAAGGCCCUCAAUAGUGACUGCCAGUUUAAACGAACCGUUUGCCGGUUGGGUGGAUAACUUCAAUGGGCCAACGGGCUUAGUCUCAGCACUGGCCAAGGGCCUCUUCCGCACAAUGAUGUGCGAAAAGAAUUAUGUGGCCGAUUUGGUACCUGUCGAUAUUGUGAUUAAUCUAAUGAUUGCGGCCGCCUGGCGCACAGCGACGCGUAAAUCCAAUAAUCUACUCAUAUACAAUUGUUGUACCGGUCAGCGCAAUCCGAUUGUGUGGUCAGAGUUUGUUAAGUAUGCCAUGACCAGCGUAAGAAAGCAUCCAUUGGAGGGCUGUCUGUGGUAUCCAACUGGUGAUCUGCGCAUGAAUCGUCCCCUAAACACGCUGAAUUGUAUAUUAAAACACUUUCUACCUGCCUAUCUACUGGAUGUUGUUGCGCGCGUUAUGGGCAAGAAGCCAUUUGUUGUCAAUGUACAAAAUAAAAUUGCUAAAGCUGUCGAAUGUCUAGAGUACUUUGCCACGCGUCAAUGGCGUUUUAAUGAUGACAAUGUCAACUCAUUGCUGUACACGCUCAGUCCCAAAGAUCGUGAGAUUUUUGUAUUCGACGUACGUCGCAUACACUGGGAUAAAUAUGUGGAACGCUACGUUUUGGGCUUCAGAGAGUUUCUGUUUAAACAGCGACCCGAAUCGUUGCCCUCCAGCAGAAAACGCAUGAUCAGGCUCUACUAUCUGCAUCAGCUAACCAAAUUAGUGGCCGUGCUACUCACCUGGCGCUUUCUGAUGUCACGCUCAAAGCGUUUGAACGAUCUGUGGAGCGCAUUUCUGGAUAAUGCGCUUAAGAUGGCGCGUUUGAUACCAUUUUUGUAAAAACAGGCGUAUAGUAAUAUAAUUGUCUGGCGAUUGUCUUUUUGCAAUUUCUAAAUGCUUUAAAAUGGAGUAAAUUUUAGAGGUUUUUUAGCAAAUAAUUAUAAUCAUAUUUUUUAUAUAUGUUACAAAAGUAAAUACCAACAACAACAACAACAGCAACUGCAGCAACACCAACAACAACAACAACAGAACAAUUAACAACAAAAACAUGGGGUAAACAUGCAACUGGUUAUUGCCUCCAUCAGAAAACAGUACACAUACAUACAUACAUACAUACAAGUACAUACAUACAAACGAUAAAAUUCGCAAACAAUUGAAUACUAUUUGUAUGCUGUGUGUUGUAGUGGCAGUUGGCCGCCCAAUUGGCCGCAAGUGUAAAACAUUUUUGAGAAAUUUUUAAGUAAACGCGAGAGGAGUACGAUUAGCGAACAUCGUUGCGGUGUAGGGGUAAGGUGGCGUGAGGUUAGCACGUAACUUUUGUAAAUUUUGUGCAGUCAUCUAAGUAAUUGAGAUACAACAAAUAAAAUAAUAACAUAUUCCACCUUUUGCGAACGGAAGGACAUAUGCAUGCUAAGAAUGCUGAUUGCAAAUUAAAUGCAAAAUUCAAAAUGAAUUAAAUCGAUUAGCGAGCUAGUGCAUAUAUGAAUAUGUCGAUAAUAAUAAAGCAAUUUGAGGUAAUUAGUGCAUCUAAAAGUGUUUACUAAAAUAAAUAUAAACAAAUUUAACAGUAAACAGACACAAAACAAUUAUAAAUUAGUAAAAAGAAAUUAUAAAAAUGGCUUGUUAUUGCUUUAAAUUACAUAAACAUAACGUAAACUAUGCUAAUUAACUAACUAUAAUUAUACUAUAUAACAUACAUUGCAUAUAAAUAAUAAUUAUGAGCGUAGUUUUAAAAUUUUUACAUUUAAAACUAAGCAUUAAAUUCAAAACAAAAGCAAGAAACUAUAUGAAAAACGACUUACGACAAAAAACGGAAACAAACAAAUUAUACCUACUUAUAUAUACAAAAUAAAAUUUCUGUAUAUGAAAAGUAUGAAAAGGAAAUAUGGUAGAAGAAAUGAAAAGAAAGACAAAUUGAAAAAAAAGCAGAAAAAACAAUGAAAGAAUUAUAUUUAUAAACACAUCAAACAUAAUUUAUUAGCAUUUGCAGUCUAAAAUUUAAGCGUAGCCGGCGAGAAAAAAGUUUCACAACAAAUUAUAGCUGACCGAAGUUUUGACAAAGCAUUGUAUACACGAUUAGCAAAUUGAAAUGAUUAAAUUUAUAUUAUAAUUCAAUAAAAACUAACAAGCAAAAUUAGCAGCAUGAAACGAACCUAAGGAACAUACAUACAUAUAGUAAGAACAUUCCAUCCAGUUAGUAGCAAAAAUGGGGCAUAGACAUUUCGUUCUUGUUUGUUUUGUAUGCGCUUGUGCGUUUUUCUUUUCUUUUCAUUUCCUUUCUAUUCUGGUUGUUGCCUGAGCUGAGAAAAGUCUACCGGAUGUUGAUUAUUUCCACCCUUCGUGCAAUAAGUAUAUUAUGUUAUGCCUAGAAUUUAUUAUGUUUUAUUUUUAAACAGUUUAUAAAAUAAAUACUUACUGUAUAUUGCAGCGCAUCAAUAAAAUAUAUGAGAUAAUUCCAAAACAA